UCCUUUGGCACGAUUGGCUUUCCCAGAAGUGGAUAACAACGUGCUGAAAUUUCUGUACGAUGAUAACCAACGAGUUGAACCUGACUGGUAUAUUCCAAUCAUUCCUAUGGUGCUGAUCAAUGGUGCUGAAGGCAUUGGGACUGGCUGGUCAUGUAAAGUUCCUAAUUAUGACAUUCGAGAAGUGGUCAAUAACAUUCGACGUAUGCUUGAUGGAGAUGAGCCGUUAAGAAUGAUUCCUAGUUACAAGAACUUCAAGGGGACAAUAGAUGAACUAGGACAAAAUCAUUUCCUUAUCAAUGGAGAGAUAUCUGUUCUUAAUUCAACCACCAUUGAAAUUUCAGAGCUUCCUGUUCGGACAUGGACACAGACUUACAAAGAACAGGUUCUGGAGCCUAUGCUGACUGGCACAGAGAAGACUCCAUCACUCAUAACAGACUAUAAAGAGUACCACACGGACACCACUGUCAAAUUCAUCAUAACAAUGAGUGAACAGAAACUAGUGGAGGCAGAGGCUAUUGGUCUACAUAAAGUCUUCAAAUUGCAAAGUCCUCUUUCUUGUAGCAAUAUGGUACUUUUUGACCAUGCAGGCUGCCUUAAAAAAUAUGAGACUGCAGAGGAUAUUCUAGACGAAUUCUAUCAAGUCAGACUGCGUUAUUACGGUUUAAGAAAAGAGUGGCUCACUGGCAUGCUGGGUGCAGAAUCUGCAAAACUAAACAACCAAGCUCGCUUCAUCCUUGAAAAAAUAGAAGGGAAAAUAGUGAUAGAGAACAAGCCCAAGAAAGAAUUAAUACAGGUUCUCAUUGAAAGGGGUUAUGAUUCUGAUCCAGUAAAGGCAUGGAAAGAAUCUCAACAGAAGGACAUUGAUGAAAAUGCAGAAGAAGAUACUGAUAAAGAAAAUGAAUCGACUGCAGCCAGUGGACCAGAUUUUAACUACCUUCUGAACAUGCCCCUCUGGUACCUAACAAAAGAAAAAAAGGAUGAAAUGUGUAAGCAGCGGGAUAAUAAAGAAACAGAGUUAGAAAACCUGAAACAGAGGAAUCCUACUGACUUAUGGAGAGAAGAUAUGGCUGCUUUCAUUCAGGAACUUGAUGUGUUAGAAGCAAAAGAAAAACAGGAUGAGAUGUUAGGAAUCCCAGGCAAACCCAGCAAAGGGAAAGGAGGGAAAGCAAAAGCAAAAACCCUUCAGCUUCAGGAAAUCCUCCCUUCUCCCCAAGGGAGGAGAGUUAUCCCUCGAAUAACCAAAGAGAUGAAAUUGGAGGCAGAGAAGAAAUUAAAAAGAAAAAUCAAGACUGAAAAAAUUGAGCUUGAUGAGAAUCAAGAUCUCCCAGGGACCACCAAGGAACCAACGAAUCUUAAACAAAGAUUGAUGAAGAGACUGAAAAUGGAGUCAGGUGUCAAGACACAGUCCAAUAAGCCAAUAAAAAAAGCAAUGACAGUAAAUCCUUGGUCUGACUCAGAAAAUGGAAAUGGCUCUAAUGACUCUGAGCUUGAUUCUUAUGCGCAACACCACCAAGUGACAG